CCCGGCGUGCGGCGACUGCGCAGCUGCAGCAGCGGCUGGUGGAGCGAAACUAGGGGGCGCUAAUGAACGUGGCAAGUCCUUCAAGUUUGCUCAGUGAGGACUAGUCCUAUAGCACAUCUGCCGCCACCGGGGCAACCAGAUGCCGCAGCCUGGACUGGUGACACCACCCAGCAGAUACUGGAUGCCCCCGGGACUACUGCUGCCUCGCUACCCCCAGGAGCCGCCAAGACCACAAGAAAGGAUUGUCUGCUGUGCGUGCCUCUUUCCUGCACUGACAUGUGACUCAGAGAAGGAGCAUCUGCUUCACUGAACCCAAGCCCAGUUCAGCUGUGGACUCACUGAGCACACCCUCUGCCCAGCCCGGCCUACGCAUCCUUCUCUCUCGCUGUCAGGGGAGGAGCCGGUCCUGGCGCCUCUCAUUGGCCUGUGGACGCACCUCCCCUGCACUGGGCUGAAAGCCCAGCCCUUCCCGUAACUACACCUGGCUCUGUCUCCAGGUAGCCCGCUCUGAGCUCCGGGACUGAGGGGUCCAGAACCUCGCAGCGGGGCAGUGGGCACAAUGGCGCCCGUCCUGCUGUCCCUGCUGCUCCUUCUCGGUGCUGCAGUCCCCGAGGAGACCCAGGCUGGACCUUACUCUCUGAGCUUCCUCUACACGGGGCUGUCCAGGCCCAGCAAAGGCUUCCCAAGCUUCCAGGCCACCGCCUACCUCAAUGACCAGCCCUUCUUCCACUACGACAGUGAAGGCAGGAAGGCUGAGCCCCUGGGCCCGUGGAGCCAGGUGGAAGGGAUGGAGGACUGGGAGAAGGAGAGCGAACUUCAGAAGGCCAGGGAGGACAUCUUCAUGGUGACCCUGAAAGACAUCAUGGACCACUACAAGGACGCAGAAGGGUCUCACACCUUCCAGGGAAUGUUUGGCUGUGAGCUCCGGAGAAAUAAAAGCAGUGGAGCGUUCUGGAGGUACGCCUACGACGGUCAGGACUUCAUCGAGUUCAACAAAGAAAUCCCAGCCUGGGUCGCUCUGGACCCAGCAGCGCUGAACACCAAGCAGAAGUGGGAGGCAGAAGAAGUGUACGUGCAGCGGGCCAAGGCCUACCUGGAGGAGGAGUGCCCAGGGAUGCUGCAGAGGUACCUGGAAUACAGCAGGACCCACCUGGACCGACAAGUCUCCCCCUCUGUGUCAGUCACCAGCCACGUGGCCCCAGGAAAAACGAGGACACUCAAGUGCCUGGCCUAUGACUUCUACCCCCGAGGAAUCCGUCUACACUGGACUCAGCCCGGCAACGUGCAGGAGACCGAGUCAGGGGGAGACGUUCUUCCCAACGGAAAUGGCUCUUACCAGUCCUGGGUGGUGGUGGGAGUCCCCGCUCAGGACAGAGCCCCCCACUCCUGCCACGUGGAACACAGCAGCCUGGCCCAGCCCCUCACCAUCCCGUGGGAUGCAAGGCAGGAAGCCAGGGCUGAAGGCAACGUGGGCGCUCAGGCCCAGUAGCCACCCCUUCUGCAGGUCGUGAGGGAGCUGAACUCUGGAAUCCACCAUUGGCAUCCCCAGCCGGGCCCGGGGAAGCGCGCAGGAGGCGGUGGUGGACUCAGAGACGGGAGGCUUGGGCGCCGGGCGCUGAGCGGACUCACUGCCAAACCGCCUUGCAAAGCCCUGUUAUCUAAUCUGUAAAAUCAAAUCAACGAUCAUCCCCUUGCUGAGCACGUGCAUAUAAAAAGGUAUUUUAAACUGCAAA